AUGACAGCCGACGGCAAGAUAGACGUUCUUGUCUAUGGAUUGGGAGCCAUCGGCUCUUUCUACGCCUUUAUCCUGAGUCGCAAUCCCAAUGUCAGAUUGAGCGUCGUCGCACGAUCGAAUUAUGACGCUGUCAAGGCGAAUGGCCUGAUAAUCGACUCCCAAAAUCACGGCAAACACACCGUCGUUCCUGAAAAAGUAUUCAAGACCCCCGCCGAAGCCGGCCAGACUUAUGACUACAUCGUCUGUGCCCACAAGGCAAUCGAUCAAGACGCGGCAGUAAAGGCGAUUGCCCCAGCCGUUGAUGAGGACAGUACCGCGCUCGUGAUUAUCCAGAAUGGAGUUGGGAAUGAAGAGCCUUUCAGAAAUGAGUGGCCCAAGGCUACUAUUAUCACCUGUGUCACAUGGACCGGCGCAACCCAAACCUCUCCAGGCUACGUCAACCACACCAAAAACGAAGACAUGCAAAUCGGGCUCUUCCCUUCCUCACUCUCCCCUUCACCCGUCGAACAAACUCGUUUAUCAACAUUCUCAACUCUUCUGACUACCGGCGGCACAAAAUUUACGGUUUUGGAAGACAUGCCGCUCCAGCGCUGGGAAAAGGUUGUGUGGAACGCAGCUUGGAACUCACUCACCUCUGCCACUUUACUUGACACGCACAGCUGGCUUGCCUCCAGCCCCGAGGCAACGCCUAUGACUCGCAGGUUGAUGAGUGAGGUUAUCGACGUCGGAAGGGCAUGCGGCGUUUCAACGCUCGAGUAUUCGUUGAUUGACCAGUUCAUCGAGAGGAUUCUUGCAAUGCCGCCUAUUGGAUCAAGUAUGCGGACGGAUACCGUUGCCGGCCGUCCAUUGGAAGUCGAUGUUAUUCUGGGAUAUCCGUAUAAAAAAUCCAAGGAGUUGAAGUUGAGUACACCUACGCUUGACGCAAUCUAUGCGGUUGUCAUGGGUGUGGAUUACAGGUUGAGGCAUGGUGUGAAAAUCUAA